CGUAGCUACCUCCAGCGGCGGCACUACUAUACGAGAGGGCGAGAGAAAGAGGCUCACGCCGCUGCAGACACGGAGAGGGAGAGCGAGAGAGAGAGAGAGAGAGAGAGAGAGAGAGAGAGAGAGAGAGAGAGAGAGAGAGAGAGAGAGAGCGACGAGACGAGCGGCAGUCCGAGAGGGAGAGCCCGUUUAAAUACGACGAGAAGCUCGCGCGCUCCUUCAGUCCGGCAGCAACAGUCCAACCGAUUCCUCCGGACCGAAGACCGAUUUUUUCUCUCGCUGCUUUUCCUCCCUGCUGCUCUCGAUACGCACAGAGCCAAACUCAUCCCCUCUCCCCCCACUCGCUCUGCUGACUCUAUCUCAGGGCGUGUGCGCGAGCGCGACGCGACGCAUUUGCCCUCGCGCGACAGCCGUGGCUGCUUUUGAAAAGCCCGCCGAAACUUCGAUUGGCCGAGCAGUGCGCGCUUUUCUCUGUGAUAUGUGCUCUCAGCAGUGAUCCCCGGAGGUAAACACAGAGCAAGAGAGAGAGAGAGAGAGAGAGAGAGAGAGAGAGAGAGAGAGAGAGAGAGAGAGAGAGAGACAGAGAGAGAGAGAGAGAGAGAAAGCUGGAAGAGGCUCGCUGAGACGCCGGACGGAUAGACUCGCGAUAAGGCUUUCGUCGGAGAUACGCAAGCCGGCAGGAUGACCAACAGCAUGAAGCAGACUGUUAUCAAAAAUCCAACUUGGUGGAAGAGACGCUCGGCACUGGAACGCGGGCUGACAAUCAUUGCGGUAUGUUCAGUCUUGGUCGCCAUAGCCCUUGCCAUUGGUCUUGGGGUUCUCGCGCGCAAUGCCGAACCUUGCGAGUCAAGCCUCAUGAGCGCUCCGGCUAAUGCGGAAAUGCUACCGUCCACAGCGGAAGCCCUCAUCGGUGCGCCGCUUGCCAAGAAGGUGCCUCAAGUUGUCGAGAAGUCGCCGGAAGGAGAUAUUUGCUUGUCGCCCGGCUGCAUCCACACAGCUUCCUCGAUUUUGGAAAAUAUGGACCAGAACGUGGAGCCGUGCGAUGACUUUUAUCGAUUCGCUUGCGGUAGUUUUCUGAAGAACACGAUAAUCCCCGAUGACAAGACGAGCGUCAACACGUUCAGUAUCAUCAGUGACAAGCUGCAGAAGCAGCUCAGGAGCAGCAUCGAAGAGGAGAGCAAACCCAACGACCCAAGGCCAUUUAGGCUAUUGAAGACUCUGUAUAAGACAUGCAUGAACAAGACUCUUAUCGAAGAGGAGGGUCUGAAUCCACUCCAUAAGAUCCUCAAAGAGCUGGGUGGAUGGCCAGUUUUGGUAGGAGACAAAUGGAGCGAUGGCGACUUCAACUGGAAAGAAUCUGUUUACAAAUUCGGUAAAAAAGGUUAUUCCGUGGACUAUUUCAUCGAUUUCAGUAUUGGAGUUGAUCUGAAAAACAGUACCAAGCGUGUUAUCGAUUUGGACCAAGCCUCCUUGGGUCUGUCGCGUGAAUACUUGUCGAAAGGAAUGGACGACAAAAUCGUGAGCGCAUAUUACAACUACAUGGUGGACAUUGCUGAGAUUCUGGGCGCGGACAGAGAACAAGCUAAGAUCGAGCUUAAGGAAUCGCUCGAGUUUGAAAUCAAACUCGCCAACAUUUCUCUACCGAGCGAAAAGAGGCGAAACGCCACAGCUCUGUACAAUCCCAUGACGGUACGCCAGCUGACGCAAAAGUUUCCGACGAUUCCCUGGCUGGAGUACUUCAGCACUCUUCUGCCAUCGAGUAUCACCGUAACCGAGGAUGAGAUGGUCAUCGUCAAUGUACCGAGCUUCAUUACCGAUCUCGAGAAAUUGCUCGAGCAGACUCCCAAGCGCAUACAGGCCAACUAUGUUAUGUGGAGGGCGGCAGCGACAUCCGUCAGCUAUCUCAACGAUGAAAUCCGCAAGCGUCAGCUCGCUUACUCGACCGUCAUUAGUGGUAGGACGGAGCGAGAGCCAAGGUGGAAGGAAUGCGUGGACAUUGUUUCCGGUAGUUUCUCGAUCAGCGUAGGCGCACUCUACGUCAGAAAAUACUUCAACGAAGACGCUAAAAAGAACGCCGUCGAAAUGGUUUCAAAUAUCAGGGGUGAAUUCAAGAAAAUUCUGGACCAGGUCGACUGGAUGGACGACGAGACAAGGAAAGCCGCGCUGGACAAGGCCGACUCGAUGAGCACGCACAUCGCAUAUCCAGAUGAGUUGCUCGACGACACAAAGCUCGAGCAGUUCUACGAAAAACUGGAGAUCACGCCGGGCAACUAUCUCGAGAGUAUCCUGAACCUUACGCUCUUCGGUACCCAGUACUCGUUUGAGAAGCUCAGAAAGCCGGUAAACAAGAGCGACUGGGUAACUCACGGCAGACCCGCCAUCGUUAACGCCUUCUACUCGUCUAUAGAGAACAGCAUUCAAUUCCCAGCUGGAAUCCUGCAGGGUGCGUUCUUUAGUAAUGAUAGGCCCAAGUAUAUGAACUACGGUGCCAUCGGCUUUGUCAUGGGUCACGAGAUCACCCACGGAUUCGAUGAUCAAGGUCGGCAGUUCGACAAGAACGGUAAUCUCGUCGAAUGGUGGGCCGCUGAAACCAAAGAGAAGUACCUGAAGAGAGCGCAAUGCAUUAUCAAUCAGUACGGCAACUAUACCGCACCGGAAGUAUCACUGAACUUGAACGGCAUCAACACGCAGGGUGAAAACAUCGCGGACAACGGUGGAAUCAAGGAGGCCUACUUGGCUUACAACGAGUGGGUUCGUCGUAACGGAGCCGAACCGCGACUGCCAGGUCUCGAUUACAGUGGCCAGCAAAUGUUCUGGAUCAGCGCAGCCAACACCUGGUGCAGCAAGUACCGACCAGAGACCCUCAAGUUGCGCAUCACCACCGGUGUCCACAGUCCUGGCGAGUUCCGUGUCCUGGGACCUCUUUCGAACAUGGAUGAAUUCGCCAAGGACUUCAAAUGCCCUGUCGGCUCCAGGAUGAACCCGGAAAAGAAGUGCGCCGUCUGGUAGACAACAGCAGCAAACAUAGUCUGCUGAAAGAACCUUUAUUUGAAGGAAAGCGACUACUUUUUUUUUUUAAUUUUGAUGCAGGGGACUGAAUAGAUCAUCCGAGCAGAAGGUUGAUGUUUAUGAGGAUAUAGGAUACUUUCAUUUUUAUUCGAAACUGAUAUAUCUUACUUUUGAACUUUCUUCAAGCAUUUCGACAAAGCUUGCCCUAAUGCUAUGUAUAGCUGACUUUGACUUGAAUGUGCAUUUUGGUGAGCGACAAAAAACUUCUGCUCGGACCAUAACGAAUAUGUAAAUCGUUCGGUGAUGGGUUUCCGGUGAUUAUCUUUUCAAGGGAGAUGUAGGUCGAAAACCGGAAGUGCCUUGAUCCGUAAAAAAAACGACUAAUUCGACCAGGUAAAAAAUUAAUGUUAGCCAAUCGGAAAAAUAUGAUGCGACGCGAAAAGAAAAAAAAACUUGAACAUUAAAUGACUAUGAAACUCAUUUAACUAUAAAAUUUGAGAAUAAAUGAAGCUUACACACUCUUCGAACAUAGUGAAUGUAUGUACGACUAUAUUGUACGAAAAGUAGGGAAUUAAGUAACUUAUUAAGAAACUUUGAUAACCCAUUCUUCGCAACUGUUCUCCGAAUAUUGUAAAUGUUCGGCGUUGCACAGGAAAACUAAUUGUCACUUGUUUGUGAUGUCAAGAUCUGAAAUAAUUUUGCACAUUGCAGACAUGGACUGUUGCGUACUGCAACAAAAAGACGCUACGUGCUUUACUCACGCGAACGCACGUCUGCGCUUGCGCGAACGCGAUUUUCAGAAAUAUCAACGCGAUUUCGGCAUCGUAUGAUUUCGUCGACGUGUCAAUUUUUUGUGAUAAUAAUAAACAUUCGAUGCGAAGAUUUAAAAUCUAUUAAGUGUAGAAGUAAGACCUACCGUGUAUAUUACAUUCUUAUUAAUCAUCACAUUCGACACGAGUAAAUUGCCGUUAUUGUGUGUGCUAAUAUGGAUUCAAAAAUUGACUUGUCCCAUAUUCUGGAUUGACCUAUUGUUCAUGACUGUAAGAUAUAAUACAUUGAUGCGCUCGCGUGAAAUUACUUUUUCGUAUGCGAAAAUACUGCACAAUUAGGCAGACGUGAUAUACCUUUAAGAUGUUAUCGGUAUACGAGAUUAUCAUUAUUAUAAUAUUAUUCGUGGCUUAUUUCCGUUACUUGAAAAACUUGCUUAAAAUCAAUAACUCUCGGUAUAAUAAUGUUUUUGAGUUGGUUUUUCAAGUAUAGCUUGCUUUGUCAAUAAGAGCAAAAAUAAUUGAUUUUUUACAACAUAGCUGUAGAGUCCGGUGCUUAGAUUUUUUUUCAUCGAAAAUUGGAAUAACAAUUCGUAUGGUUCAGCUGCCAACUUAUAGAUUUUCUUGCGACGUAUAAUCUAUGUAGGAUUUAUAAAUCAAUGAUGUUAGCCAUAAGCCCCAUUCGUAAAAUAUACAGGAGGUGGUUUGACAAGACAAAAGCGAGAACAGAUAACAACACUUUGAUGUUUAUGAAUAGAGCGACCGUGUGGAAGUACUUGUAGGAAUAGCCUCCUUUCUAGUAUUAAUCGUUAGUAGUUCGUUAUACCGUGUACAUUUGACAGAAUAAUCUCGCUUCAUUGAUGAGCUCCAUCACUUAUGCUUUGCCAUAGACAAGCAAGCCACAACUGCGAUUCGUAAUUUAUUAUUGAUAUUGUGUAAUUACAUAGGUAGUAAAAGUUGACGUAUUGUUUUACAAGUUAUUUUUUUAAGGAGGCGACUAAGAAUCUUACAUGUUUAAUCAUAAUAUAUUUGUUGAACGUCAAAUUUUAAUAUUAAACAGAUAAUAGUACUUUUCGGCUAUUCACUUGUUCAACUUUAUCUGAUCCUGUAUUAGGUAUUGAGAAGUCUUGUAAAAUGUAAAGCUUGCUCGCAGUGAUGAUUUUGACUUGCACUUUCGAGUACAGGUAUUAUUAAAAACUUGUUUUUAAAACUGCAGCGUAAGAAUGAAACUACCUGCAAUUUUCUGUAUUAAAAAUAAAUUCUGAGAAUUUUCCGAA